CAGCUACCUAAAACAUUGAUUCCCGUGCCCGCGCUUGGUUAGAAGGAGACUCAACCUUCUAUGGCCUCUGUUAUCCCGACUUUCAUGAAACGCCCGUGGGCUUUACCCUAAAAUUGCCGUGUACGUAUAUCUUUCACAUAUAAAGUUCCCAUCCGAGGUAUCAGCCUCGUGCCCUCUUUAUCGGUACACCCGCUCUUUACUCCCACAAUAUCUUUUUUCCUUCAGCGAUACCUCCCUCCGAGCCCUUAAACAAUGCCUGCUGAGAGAUCCCGUGGCUCACUGAAGCGCGAGUCUUCAGAUGCAAGCGCCCAAUUAACUUGGACCCUUCCCCUUGAGCCUGCGUCUCCUCAGAGCAUUGCCUUUGCACCCAACGUAACACCCAUAACUUUCAAUGACCCACCUACCACCGUCGACACUACCUUCGAACCUGUACUCUUUCCCACUCCUACUGGCGAAUGCUCGUCUCGUCGACCUACGCAUAGCAAAAAGCGGCCAGAUGAUCAUAUCCCUCGUCCCCCUAACGCCUUCAUCCUCUUCCGCUCAUCCUUCAUCAAAAGCCAGCACGUAUCCACAGGCGUAGAAACUAACCACAGCACGCUUUCAAAGAUAAUUGGUCUUACGUGGCAGAAUAUGCCCCAUGACGAGCGUCAGAUUUGGCACGCAAAGGCAAAGAAGGCAUUGGAGGAUCAUAGGCGGAAGUGGCCGCAGUAUGCUUUCCGUCCUUCCCAUACAAAAGCAAAGGGUGGGUCCGAGAAGCGCAAAGUUCGGGAAGUCGAGCCGAAGGAUAUGAAGCGCUGCGCGAAAAUUGCUGAGCUCCUUGUAGAGGGAAAAAAGGGCCAGGAGCUGGAACAUGCAAUUCAAGAAUUCGACCGUACGCAUGUCCCAGAAGUUGUUACACGCUUCGAGGCUCCCAUUACUGCUAGGGCAUAUCGCCGAUCUUCAUCCGCUCCAAUUGACAACCCGGAAACGAAGAAGCCAUUCCUUUCAUCAUCAUCCGCGCCACGUCGCGUACGUUCUACAAGCAGCCAUCCGUCCCUCUCAUCAACUUGGAAGUCUCAAUAUGAUGAUCUUCCGCGGAGAUCCGAUGGUCUAGCAUCAGAGCACUGUCUCGAUAUCUCAGCAUCGUCACCAUUUAUUCCAUCAGAUUAUUCUUUCCCUGUGAAACCACAACCUUCAUUGGAAUUUGAUCCUUUCAUGUUCGACGUAGCGUUCGGCAAUUCGAUAGCUUCCGCCAGUCAAACUUUCCCUGACUUUUCUCCUUCACCGUGCGAGACGCGGGUUCAGUCGCCUUCAUUAGUUAUCGACACCACACAGGGCAGCUCUGACUGGUCGCAAGCUUCAUCGCCCUAUUGUAACUCUCCUGUAUCUCCUCAUUUCCCCCUCAAUUCUUCAUCAUUCGAUACAUUGUGCGCGGCAAACGAAGAUCCGUUUAUGUCCGGUUCAUUUUCCUUCAAUAACUCCUAUCCCCUUCCUUGCAAUGGGGGUUUCCCAGACACUUUCGACGCAUUUGGUCACUCCCAAAGUCUGGACCCAUCGUCAUUCUCGAAUGAGGAUUUCUUCUCGAAAAACCAAAUUUCCUUGUUCGAGCCGGGGAAACUGGAGCUUGCCAGCGUGGAUAUGGAAUUUUCCGCUUUCAUGUCGUCAUUAUCCGCCUUCUGAUCACAAGUGCUCUAUUUUUCCUUGGUUCCCAUAAAGUAACUAACGGGUGUAUUUUUACUCACAAACACGGAACUUUUCAGUGUAACAACUUGUAACAACUCAUCAACCCUUCUCAUCUCAUUUUGCGAUACAUACUUCCGUCAUACCCUUGGCUUUGUGUAUAGUUAUACCUAUCUACAUGUACUUAGAACACACUUCUCUUCGCCAGCGCAACAGAGAAUUUUCAUAGAUUGCUGCAAUUGCAAGUCUAGCUUGAAUAUUUGAAUGAUUAUGACGCAUGAGGACC